UUGUAACAACUGUUUUUGAAACGUGAAGAACGUUAAUCGUACAGAUUUGAUUUAUAUCUCAUGCUUGUUGAAUUAGGUUUUUCUGUAUCAAGCAACUAUUCAUAUAAAAUUUGAUUGACAUUUGUGGAAAACCUGUAUAAAAUCCAUUGAGGUUGAAUAGAACGUUAUUUUUGAGGGACAAACUAGUCUUUUCACAAGUAGCAUUUUGUUUGGCCUUUUUUCUAAUCAGAAAAGAGAAUUUGCCGUUGACUUUUUAACUGUCUUUCACCACAUGACCACAAGAAUUUUCUGAACAAAACAACAGAAACUGAAAUCCCCAUUCGUCAUCAUCCUUUUUCAAGUUUUCAGUUGCUGUUUAAAAAUGCUGGUCACAAGGUUUUCAAGAUUCAAACGCAAAUUAAACAGGUUUCGUUUUCUCUUUAAUUUUAUCGAAAAAUGGCCUCGUUUCGGUUCUAUAUUUUUUAUUUGAUUAACGAAACCCGAUUCAAGAUCUUGGUGAAUGAUCCUAAUUGAUCAUUUCUAUUUGGUUUGAUGGCAAAUUUCCCAAUGAUUUGAAUCAAGAAUGCCAUAACCUGUUCUAAACUAGAGUCAGUUUUUGACUUCCAAUUGUCAAAAUGGACCAUUUCCAUGCCUCAAAAUCAGGAAACACGAAUGCCAAUUUUGUAUGUUUGUAAUAGAAUAUGAAGGUGUUUUCUUGUAGCUCAAUGUGUAUGUGACCUAUUUCUGUAAAACCAAAAUGAUUCUCAACAAUUUUGAAGUCAAAUACUAAUUCAUUUGACUCUUGAAAAGUCAAAGAUGGGAUUCCUAAUGAAAAAUUUUCAGGUGCUAGCUAGAACACUUUAGGAGGAAUCAUGUUGCUGAAACCAUGCCCCUCUCUUGGCUUAAUUAUCACUGAAUUCUAGACGGUAAUACGUUAAAUCAUCGAGCUUUCUAUUACCUUAAUUGUUUGUGUGUAACCUUAACCAUGUUUAAUGUUCUAUAGAUUUUCAGGAUCAUGAUCUCAUAAGUUCCCAAGAUUUUAGAUGACAUGUUCUUUCUAAUCACAAGAAUUCGGAAUUUGGAGAGAUAAAACUGUUCUUCACAUGAACCUUACACGAAAAAAGUCACCUGGGACCUACAGAAUGGAGUCCUCGGCGCCAAAAGUUCUAAGUCGGUAUCUCAGAGGUCCAAUGGGUUCAUGUCAUGACCAAUGCAAAUGUGUGAUCACUACACAACCCACUGAACCAAAGACGAUAAAUCUGUUUCCCAAAAGAGUUCCAAAACCGCCUGAAGAUCGAAGAGUUAUAGAUGUAGAUCAUUCGCUAAACAGAAUCAAGAAAGCACCUUCAGUCGUUCCCAAGGCUCCAACGCGAAUAAAUAAUGUCAAGAACAAUAAAGUUGUUAAGGAUGAAGGUUUAAAGAGAGAUGUCUUCAAAUUCUCCACCAAGAAAGACGUUGCCAUUGAACCAAAAAGUCGAGAUUUGAAGCCAAAGACUCAGGUUUCAAGAACUUCUAGAAGAAGACACAGUGAUAUCUUCCAACCGAUUGAAGAUAAGGUGCCCCCAUUAAGAGUUCCUAGAAGACGACUUAGUGAUGUUGGAUAUAAUGCAUCUUCGGUUCGAGGCUCGAGAAUCAUCAAGAACGAAUCAAGAAAAGAUUCAAAACUCCCUUCAGGUAUGAACAAGAAAUCUAAUUCUUCUCUAAAGACUUUUGUGUCGAGCCCGAAACCAGUUGCGAAAGUACUGCUACCUUUGAGAAGUUAUAGAAGUCUCCCAAAACCAGAGCUUAAGGGUUCAAAAAAGUUAAAGCCCACGAAAACCAUUGGAGUCAAAGUUGUGCCAGAGAAGACACUGCAUGUCAUUAAAAGAACUAAAAGCCAAAUUCCCAUUUCGUCUACUUCUUCUUCUUCUUUGAGUUCUGAGGAGAAAGUUAUAGCAUGUAAUGGGCUGAAAGAAUCAUGUUCACCAUUGAUGGAAGAUAAUACACCUGCAACAGAUGGUCAACAGGACGACAAAAUAGCAGAUUCAGAAGAUAAAAAUGCAAAAGAGGUUCGAACGUUGGUGGUGGAAACUACUGAAAGCCAAAUUCCCAUUUCGUCUGCUUCUUCUUCUUCCCCCCCAUCAAUGGAGGAUAAUGUCCCCGCAACAGAUGGUGAAUACAACGACAAACCAUCAGAUUCAGAAGACAAAAGUGCAAUAGAGAAAACUACUGAAACUGAAAGGCAAAUUCUUCCCAUUUCGUCUGCUUCUUCUUCUUCCCCAUCAAUGGAAGAUAAUGUCCCCGCAACAGAUGGUGAAUACAACGACAAACCAUCAGAUUCAGAAGACAAAAGUGCAAUAGAGAAAACUACUGAAACUGAAAGGCAAAUUCUUCCCAUUUCGUCUGCUUCUUCUUCUUCCCCAUCAAUGGAAGAUAAUGUCCCCGCAACAGAUGGUGAAUACAACGACAAACCAUCAGAUUCAGAAGACAAAAGUGCAAUAGAGGAAACUACCGAAACUGAAAGGCAAAUUCUUCCCAUUUCGUGUGAGGAGGAAGUCAUAUCAAAGGAAGAUGACACCCCUGCAACAGAUUGUCAAAACGAUGAUACCAUAGAAGAUUCAGAAGAGAGAAGUAUAAAAGAGUCGAAUAGGGUUGGAAAGUUGGUGGUGGAAACUGAAGACGGUUCUCUUGGAGUUGGAGAGCUCAGAUUCAGAAGAGGAAAGGUGGUCAGCCCUCAGUCGGAGAACAGCAGCCCAAGAAAAGUGCAGUUCAAACAAGGAAAAGAAUUGGAGGAAAACGAAAGUGGGAAGGGUGAGAACAAGAGUUUGAGGAGAGUGUCAUCUGAUGGAGUGAUAAUGAGCCCUGAAACAAGUCAUUCAAUCAACGUGGAUCUUAAACACCAAGAAGUGGUAGAAAAGAAAGACUCUUCAGGUUCACUGAACAAGGUUAUCGAAGAAACUGCUAGCAAACUUAUCCAAACCAGAAAGAGCAAGGUCAAAGCUUUGGUGGGUGCUUUUGAGAACAUCACUUCAGGAAACAAUCUGACUCCUUAACUGGAACUACUAUUUUCUUGAUUAACCAAACUAGUUUUGAUCUCUCUUACUCGCAUAUUCCGACACUUGUAGCUUCAAAUCCCGAAGGUCUAAAAGAUGGUUAGAACAUACUUACACGGCUAGUAUUCUUAUUGGAGAUCCCACAUUGGUUGGCUAUCAGGUGGACUGUUCGAGCUACUCUGACGAUCAGAGCAAGUCAUCGUGCACAUGACGUUCAUAAUAUUUAAAGAGCUUGUUAUUGCAUCAAACUUCCAUGAUUGAUUUAGGAGUCGUUUACCCCAACAUUUAUCCAUAAAAAUCAAUUCUUUAGCUUAUUUUACCGGGUAAGAUUGUA